UAUCGGUUCACAUCUAUCCCCCUACGUUAGUGCCAACCUGUCAUAUGUUGAUCAACCUGUGAUCUUAAUCUUUGUGCUGCGACAAAAAAAGAACAUGUGUGAGUGGAAGAACCUUCCUCUUUGAACUUCCUUCCUGGAGCUCAGUGAUUUUAGCCUCCAUUACAGCAAGAUGAUCAUACGCACAAUGAUGAGCUUUACUCUGAUGAUGAUACCAGCUUUAUUUCUCUGCAGCUUCAGCUGGAUCUCUGUCUCAGGUUCUGCAAAUUUGAAAUGAGCUCCAACGUCUCCACCGUCUUUCUCAUAAUCAAGCGCAUUGAUGUGUCUGACUCUGGGUUGUAUUUUUGUGGAUUUAACAUGAACAGAUACUCAGUACUUGUCAGUGCAACAUAUUUAAAGGUUCAAGAAGAGUCUGGUGAAAUACUGAGCCUGAUGAGUGUGAUCCUGAGCGGUGUGACUGUUGUUCUCACUAAAGUCAUCAUUGUCCUUGUUGUCAAAAUGAGGCAAAGAGAAUCUGGACUCUGAAGGAUGCAGCAUUGAUUUUCCAACCCAAAACAAGAAAGAAGUGGAAACUCAACCUCAUAUAUGCUGCAACUAGAAAGACGUAAAAUAGCUUCAGUCAUACGCUCGAUGAUGAACUUCUUCACCUUGAUAACAGUAUUGACUCUCUGCAGCCUCAGCUGGAUCUCUGUCUCAGGUUCUGAGUCUCAGACUGUGGAGGCUCAGCCUGGUCAAGAUGUCACACUGCUGUGCUCCAACAUUUCCAAAUAUGAAUCUAUGACAUUCUGGUUCAGUCUGAUCAACAGAACCAAGAUGAGCUGCAUCUCUGUUAUGUUCAAUUCCAAAAGCAAUGCUUCAUUCUGUGAUGGAUAUCAGAGUGGAAAAUUUGAAAUGAGAUCCAACAUCUCCACUCUCUUUCUCAAAAUCAAACAAGUGGAUUUGUCUGACUCUGGACUGUAUUUCUGUGGAUUUUACACAGACGGGCGUCCAAGUUUCACUGUAAUACAUUUAAACAUUAAAGAAGAGUUUGAUGGAAUAGCAAAGCUGAUGAUUGUCGUCCUGGGCAGUCUGACUGUUGUCCUUGCCACUUGUCUGGUUGUCAAAUACAGGAAACUUCAGACAGCUGCCAAUGAGGAACAGAGACCACAACAGCGUGAGAAUCUGGACUCUGAUGACCUGAAGGAUGCAGCCCUGAGUUUCUAUUUAACAACAAUAAGAAACAGGAGGCCUGAGUCAGAGAGACAAGUGGAGACUCGUGUUAUUUAUGCUGCCAGCAGAUAGACUCAGAGUGGUUCAGAGGAACUGAUGCUUUAUCAUAUUAAUCUGCUACUGUGUUCUUUUGUGGUUGGGUGGGAGGAGUUAACAUUUUCUUAUUGAGAAGAAAAUCAAAUAACAUUUGACUUUUACUCUCAUGACUUGCUAAUUUUAUCUGACUUUGCUGACUGUCCAGAUUGACAAUAGAUAGAUGGAAGCCUGCAGCAGUGGAGGAGUGAGUGAGGUACACACACAGUGUGGUCUGAGCUCAACUGAGGUGGAAACCACGAGGGUCUGUUCGAUCAAUGCAAAUAAAGUCUGAAAUGAAGCAGUGAA